UGUCAUUGUCAGUCAGCAGCCAGUCGACAGCGCCUCCGGUCGUCCGUCGCCUCGCCCGCCGGCCCGUCCGUCCUUCGGUGGGUGCAUUUGCGCGUGCGCUCUCUCCGCCCCUCGCGACCCCCGUGCGAAGCGUGGACCUUUCGUGCCGCCGCGAGUGUCGGAACGACCCUGUCUCGUCGUGGACAACCUCUCCAUCAGUGCAUGUAGCUGCACACCCCGUCCGGACGACCCCUGGACCAGCACUCCCUCCGAGAUGUAGGGGAGCAGGACCCACAGCUGACCGACCACAUGUCCUGGACAUGUCCGAGAACGCACCGGAGCACGCCCUGCUCGCCGUCUUCGUCCCGCAGAGCGCGGCACCUCGAGGGCCACGGGGCCCAGGCCGUCACCACGGCCCCGUCCGAGGACCAGGCGGGCUUGCGCCCCUUCACCUAUGUCGCCAGCAUGGGGGGCCUGUGGGGCCCCCGCUACCCAGCGACCUGGGACUGCUGCACCACGCAGCAUAUCGACGACAACGUGCUACUGCUGGACAACGAGGCGGAGAGCGACGUGGAGUUCGUGGUCGGCCCGGACGGCGACACGUGGCGCAUCCCGGGCCACCGCGACGUUCUGUCCGCCAGCUCGCCCGUGUUCAAGGCCAUGCUCACCGGGCCCCUGGCGAACGACAGCAAGGUGCGCGUGGACGACAUCGACGGCCGCGCCUUCUACCAGCUGCUCAGGGUUCUGUACGGGGCCGUGCCGGAGAUCCGGUCAGAGCAGACGUGCCUGCUGACCAUGUACGCCGCCAACAAGUACCUGUGCACGCGGCUCUUCCUGCACUGCGUCGAGAUGGCGGACGGCUUCCUGCGGCCGGCCAACGUGCUCCGCGUCAUGCAGGCCAUCCGCUUCUUCCUCCCGGACGACCUGGACGUCGACGAGGCCUUCACCCCCUCCGCGCCGCCGCUAGAAGAGGGCAGCGAUGGCGAGCAUGGGGUGAAAAGCUCGGAGGCGGCCACAGCGCCGUGCACGCCGCUGCUGGAGACCGCGAAGGACAAGGACAAGGUGCCUCAGAUCCAGGCCCAGCGGCCAACUCCCUGCCCAAUGCCCAUGCGACUCUCCCUCGGUGUGCAGCGGGUGCGGGUGGAGCCCGGACCGGCGCCGAUCGCCGACAAGGACUUCCCGGACCCCGACGUCGAGGCCAACAUGGGCUGGUACUGCAGCGCCCUCUACUGGAACUGCUUGCAGUUCGUGGACGCCUACAUCGACGACGUCUUCGAGUGCGAAUGCGUGGAGGAGCUGCACCACGACGACCUGGUGACGCUGCUGCGGAGGGACUCGCUGCACGUGCGGCGGGAGGCGCGCCUGUUCAGCGCCCUGGCCCGCUGGGCGGACCGCGAGUGCAAGCGGCGCGGCGAGCGGAGCUGCGCGGACAACAAGCGGCGCGCGCUGGGCGAGGCGCUCUACCUCGUGCGCUACCUCCGGAUGUCCAUGGUGGAGCUGCUGGCCGGGCCCAUCAAGAGCGGCCUGCUCGACUCGCACGAGACCGCCUGGAUCCUGGGGCUCGCCGUCGGCAACCCGCAGCCCAGCCCGCCAGACUCCCUCCGGCCCUUUGCGCACCUGCUGGAUGCGCCCCGGCCCGCUCCGAGGCCCUGCUACAUUCAUCUAAGUUUGCGUUCCAUGGAGCGAACGCCUAUCCGAAAGGUUGAGGGAUGCACCAUGACAGAUUGGAGCUGCCCUGUGGACAUGAGUGAGGCCGAGGUCAAAAGGCAGGUGAAGGCACUCAAGGAGAUAGCUAAGAAGCAGAAGAAAGAAGAAAAACGACUUCGGAGGCUACAAGGGAGGCCUGACCAAAACGGCUGUUGCAGCAAGUGCAGCUCUGGAUGCUUUGCUGAGGUCUUUUUUUCCGUCUUGGCCUGUAUAUUUGACUGAUUGCCUUGAACAUUACGACUGAGUGUAACACAUGUGUCUGUGAGGUCACGUGGGAUGCACAUUCUAUGCGGUGUAAAAAGGGACCAGACUGGGUGUCCCUUCAUGAGUGCUUUGAUGCUAAUACGCUUAUAUUUUAUUAUUUAAUUGAAAAUAAUGACAACCUUGCUCUGCUCGGUUCAUUAUUGCAUUCAUUGCAAGAUUACCAACAUUUUAUAGAGGCCUAUAUGUAUGUGUUUCAGUGAUUAUUGCUACAGGAGCUCAAAUCAAGAAUCAAUUUAUAUUUCCGCUGAUUUUUAUGUAGCAUUUGCUUUUUAAAAUAGCAAUCAAGACUAUUUGCUGAAAGCAUUGUUAAAGCCUUCUCUGGCUGCUGGAAUGUUUUAGUGGGCCAUUCUUGCAGUGUAGCGUGCUUUAGAUGUGUGUACUCUGCCCACUGUAUUUCUGUGAUUCAUUUGCUUUUAUUAUUGUGUCUGUCUCUUGUUUCUGACUGACGUUUUUGUUACAGUAUUUCUUUUAGUGUACCGAUAGUCUAAUCUCUUAGUUUUGUCAUUUUAUUUAUAAACCGUUCCCUUAUGUUUUUUGGACAUUGAAGUUUACAUGCACUGUAAUGGAGUUUAAUUAAGAGGCUUUAAUGCAGUUCAUGUCCUUGUAACCCUAAGUGGUUACAAAUGAUAAUGCCUGGAGGUUGCAUUUCAUAAAGCCAUAGAAUUAAAACUUCUGUUAGCUGUGUUAAAUUUGGCCCUUUAUUGUUACGCAGUUCAAAAUUUUGCAUUGUAUAUCUCUACAAUUUCCAUCAAAUUUUUAUGUACAAUGAUGAGCAAAAUAAGUGAUUCUGUUUUUUUUAUCUGACAAGAAGCACAUUUCUUAAAAAGGAAAAACAACAACUUAUUUUUAAAUUGAUAAGUCUGCCAAAAGCAGACCAGCAUUUCAUUGGACAAUGGUCUUUCUGUAAAUGUGUAUGAAAAUAUCACUUAGUGAAAUGUAUGAGAGACCAGCCACCUGGAUAUUACAUCAUGACUAAGGGUAAAAUGUCCUAUUCGAAAAAUCAACUUUACAAAGCUGUCAGAGGCUUGUAUUUUAUUGAAGUGUUGUUAAAAGUCUAUUUGCAGAAGGUGCUGGCACCAGCAGAUUCUUUAUUUUCCAACCAAGGAAAUUCGUUGACGAUAUUUCAGUAUUAAUUUUGGAAUAAUUUAAAAUGUUUAUUAUUUUUUAAACUUUCUCUAAAAUUGGCUUACAGAGAAUUACUCAAAACUCAGUACCAUGUAUUUUGAAUAUAUAGAAAGCAAUUUGAACUGUUGGAAUUACAAAAAUUUGAUUAGGGAAACAACUGCUCUUUGAAGAGUGCUGUUAGAGGGAGGUGAUCAAAUCAAAUUUGUUUUAUAGUGUAUGUACAGUAAUACCUUGACGAUUCAUGACUAGAAAUUAUGGAUUGCCCAUUAAAUUGGUCUGCUGAUAUACUUACAGCAUUGUGAUCAAUUGUAGUAAAAAUGAGAUCUUUCCAUAGGUUAAUAUUUUUUUUAAAGGUGUGAUAGGAAGAAUAUUAGCAUAGUAUAAAGGACACAUGAAUUUGAUUUUUGGAAAGAAUUGUUUUGUAUGAAAUGUACACUAACAGUCUAGUCAAGGGUAUUGUGAUUAAGCCGAAUAAGCUGUCUGAUUGUCGUUUUCUUGAUCUUUGUACAAGCGAAACAGUUUUUUGAGAAGACCAGUAGACUUACAGUAUUAGUCACAUUCAAAGGGAGCCUCAUCCACUGUAUGAAAUUGUCCGAGGCAGAAAAUUAUAUACAAAAUGUGUUCAAUUAAACUAAAAUUGCUGGAAAUGCA